AUGGUAGACGCCUUCGAAGAUGCAGGUGACAACGCAGGAGGAAACGCGGAAGAGAAAGUGCAUGUUCGAGUCCAACAGCGGAACGGUCGCAAGUGCAUUACAACAGUAGCUGGCCUAGCUGAUGAUCUGGAUGUCAAGCGUAUUUGUAAGGCAUUCAAGAAGAAUUUCAGCUGUAAUGGAGCUGUGCAGAAGGAUGAAGAGGUUGGGGAGGUCAUUCAGCUCUCUGGGGACCAACGUACAAACGUGAAGGAUUUCCUUGUCGACCAGGAAAUCUGCCACGGAGAGAGCAUAGUAUUGCAUGGAUUCUAA